AUGUGUCUCUCACUGUCAAGCCUGGACAAAAGACCAUUGUUGUGGGCCGAACAGGGAGCUUCUUGGGCCCAGGCAGGGAUCUACAUUGAUCGACGACAUCAACAUCACCCAUAUAUCACCGAGAAUUGUCCGAAAACCUGGGUUCAUAUUGCAGUGCCACAAGAUGGCUUCAUAAUUCCAACGGCAAGUCUACGCUUCAAUCUAGAUCCUUAUCACACGAGCUCAGACCAAGAAAUGUCCCUGAGCCUCCAAAGGACAGGUCUUUGGGAUAAGAUUCAUUCGCCAUCCGCCGGUUCGGCUGAGAAGGCAGGCAAGCCGAUUGUUAUCUUGGAUGAGGUCAGCUCUUCGUUAGACUCGGAAACAGAGUCUAUUCUGAUUGAUAUCCUUCGAGAUGAGCUCCGAGAUUACACUGUUGUUAUGGUUGCAUAUCGCGUUGCUGGUAUCAUGGGUGCUAUGAGACCUGAGAUUGAUGCAAUUGCCACCAUGCCAGAUGGAGGGCUAUCAAUAUAUAGAAACAAGGCGUAUUUCUGCAAGUAG